AUGAGUGAUGGCUCGACGCAUAUCGUUGACAAACUUUUGCAAUAUUUCUACACCGGAGACUAUACUGGGCUAUCCGAAGAGGACGACAGCGCACACUCACAUAUGUCUGCGCUUCAACUUCACGCAAGGCUCUUUGCACUGGCUGAUAAGUACGAUGUGAAAGACUUAUGUGCCCUUUCAGCAGAGAAAUACUCCUCUAGGCUUGAAAAAGACUUCAACGUCGUUGAAUUUUUAGAGUCCAUCCCGGAUGUCUAUCAUUUAACGGCGCCACAAGUUCAAACAUUGAGGAAUCUUGUUUUACACUUCGCCCGAAAGAACCUCGAAAAUGCUCUGCAUCACAGCUUGCAUUCCAAGAUCUAUGAUGAUAUUACGUGCGAAGUUCCAACAUUUACAAAGGACUUGCUCGACUCAUAUAUUGCGUCCCCGAUUGACCAACUGUCAGAACUGUGGGCCAACAAUGGCCAUGCAGGCGUUGCAAAGUACGUGGCAGCUGCAGCAAUCCCGGGCCUCCUCGCUCUAGCAUCGAACAACUGGGCCCCUGAUCCGAAACGAGCCGUUGGGAUGGCGAUCCAGAUUGGCGUUGGCUCUAUGGGUGGCGCGGCCGCGUCGAACUUUUAUCGGAGCACUGACUCGCCCAGGUACCGAUUGGGCCAUUCGCUGGUCCUCGCAUUCACGGCCUUAGUAUUGCUAACUACGGUGUUGUACUACGUUAUUUGCAAAAGGCUGAAUGCGAGACGGGAUGCAAUGGGAGCGAGUGAGCAUGGCUAUAGUGAAGAGGAAUUGUUAAGUAUGGGUGACAAGGCGCCCACGUUCAGGUACAGGGUGUGA